CUUGAGUUAGAGCAGGAGCGAGCCGCUUCUCGCGGCCCACCCGGCGGCGUUGGGCGCCUGCAGGGGCCGCCGGCGCGGGUCCCCUGGCUUGGCGAGGCCUCGUUGUCAGCGGAGGGAAAUCACCGCCGGACCCAGCGGAGGAAGUGAGCGGGGGGCGGCUUAGGUUUCAGCGGGGACCAUGGAGAGACAGCGAGUCCCGCACUACAUCGGGGUCACUCGGGAGCGCUUUUUGCAAGACGUCUAUCCCCUGAGAAAGCCUGCAGUACUGAAAGGAAUAGAUCUGGGCCCUUGUGUGACCAGAUGGACAGUAGAUUACCUCUGUCACGCAUCAGGGAAUAAAGAAGUAAAGGUUCAUGUUUCCACUGUGCCACAGAUGAACUUCCUUAAUAAGAACUUUGUGUAUAGAACAUUGCCUUUUGAUGUAUUUGUAAAGAGAGCAGCUGAAAUCAAACAUUCAGAUUAUUUUCUUUCUGAGGAUGAAAAGUAUUAUUUACGAUCACUAGGAGAAGACCCCCGGAAGGAUAUUGCAGAUCUGAGAAAGCAGUUUCCUUUAUUGGCAGAUGACAUUCAAAUCCCAGAAUACUUUGAAAAGGAGAAGUUCUUCUCCACUGUCUUCCGCAUAAGUUCAGAAGGUCUACAGCUUUGGACACAUUAUGAUGUAAUGGAUAACUUCUUAAUUCAGGUGACAGGAAAGAAACGAGUUGUACUGUUCAGCCCCCGUGAUGCACCAUAUUUAUAUUUAUCAGGUACAAAAUCAGAGGUGUUAGAUGUGGAUAAACCAGACAUGAAAAAAUACCCUCUCUUUAUCAAGGCCAGACGUUAUGAAUGUCAUUUGGAAGCAGGAGAUGUCUUAUUCAUUCCUGCUUUGUGGUUCCAUAAUGUGACUUCUGAGGAAUUUGGAGUUGGAGUCAAUGUUUUCUGGAAGCAGCUUCCUUCUGAAUGCUAUGAUAAAACAGACACAUAUGGAAACAAAGAUCUAACUGCAGCUUCAAGAGCAAUACAGAUUUUGGAUAGAGCACUGAAAACCCUGGAAGAACUUCCUGAGGAAUACAGAGACUUCUAUGGCCGGAGAAUGGCAUUACGCAUCCAAGAAAAAACUUACAGCAGUAAUUAUGAAUAAAGAACAUUUUUGAACCCUAA